AUGGCACUCAAUCCCAAAGACGUUUACCCUCCAUCAAACGACCUAUCGCUGCGUCGGUUUCGAUGCAAGGAUGGCUCCACAAGCAGGGCAGUGAGGGACUUAUGUUGUGGAAAAAGAGAUGACUCGGACGAAGAGAAAGUUCUCGGCUCAAUUUUACUACCAUCUUACAAAAUAUCGCCAUGCACCACCAUUGAAGGAAAGUUAUUUCGAAAAAAAUUCAGCUUCAAAGCCGAACAUGCCAAUAUGAGGACUUAUUAUUUUGCUUCUGAUUCUCGAGAAAAAAUGGUCCAAUGGAUGAAUGCGAUGAGCUUAGCCUCAAUUGCACAAGAUCAGUCUGUAGGCAAAAAUGAAUCACGUAAAACCAAUACUCUAGCACCCAGCGUUCGCGAUAAAAACAUGACUGUUGGUUUCUCCAUACCAAACAACUGGCCUCGUAACAUGCGCAUGAAUAAUGGUAUGCCGAAUGGUUCCCAUCCCAGCAACAAUCUCAAUCAAAAUCACCCGUAUCAUCCGUCCAAUAGUAACAAUGUUGAAAACUACGUGCAACCGUUAUACGUAAACGCUCCCCCGAAACCUCGACGAAUUGGUGAGCCAUCCGAUUCAACGUACGAUAAAGCUGUGCCUGCGCUAUGGCUAAAAUCUCUGCAGACCCACCUCCAGAGCGACCUCUAA